AAGCACUCGCUGACGAACACACAGCUGUCGUGAACUGCUUACAUAGCGCAACUUGGAAUACUUUUAGAUACCCAGCACAAUGAAGUUAUUUUUUCUAAUUUCGCUUUUAUCAAUACUACACACCAACAUUGCCUUGGAAUUCACAGCAGAGGAUAUACUUUAUUCAUUGGAACAAAUUAGCGAAGGCAUAAUUGAAAGUGCACCUGGAGCUUUGCGACCAGACUACGUUUUCAAGACCAUUAAAAAUAUAGUUGAAGGACUGCCUGCUGAAAUUCUAUAUAGCGUUGCAAAUGCCAUUUGUUCGGCGGUUAUUGCCAAGGGCAAGGAUAAAACUCCUGAUCAAUAUGAACCAACACUCGGAGAUAUAAAAUUUCAAUUUCGCACAUCCUGCGAUAAACGAGAAUAUCCAGUCGCAGAUCCAUCAGGCUUGGCAGAGGAUGAAGAUUUUGACCCUGACAAGAAUACGGUUAUAUUUGCGACUGGUUGGACUACUACGACUGUGAAUAAUGAGCGACAUGACGCGUUUGCCAAGGCAUAUAAUUGUCGCGGUGAUACUAAUUAUCUGGCGCUAGAUGUAGGUAACUACAUAAACACACUCUAUAGCUGGUCAUCAGAGAAUACCGACAAAAUAGGUAAAUAUCUUGCCAUAGGCAUACAACGUUUGGAGUCCAUUAUAGAUAUUGGAAAACUACAUAUAAUGGGUCACAGUCUGGGUGCACAAAUAAUGGGUUCGGCUGCUCGUUAUUACCGCGAUUUGACUGGGAAAACGUUGCCCUACGUAACUGGUCUUGAUCCAGCUUUUCCCUGUUUCAAUGAGGGCGAAGAACUCACUGUCAUAUCUUCUAGCGAUGCUGACUUUGUUGAUAUCAUUCACACGGAUCCUGGUGUAAGUGGGCAACCCCAAGCAUUUGGUCAUGUUGAUUUCUAUGUAGGUGGUAAAUUCCCAGUACAAGACGCCUGCAAUGAUCCACAAUGCUCACAUGAAAUCGUUUGGCAAUAUUGGGUUGAGUCGGUUUACCCAAAUAAUGUAGAUGAUUUUCUGGCAAAGCGCUGCAACUCUUUGGAUAGUUUGCAGGAGGGCAAAUGUGUUGGCAGUGAAUAUCCAAUGGGAUAUGCUGUGCCCCAUAAGUUACGAGGCAGAUAUGUUCUAGAAGUGAAUGCUGAGAAGCCCUAUGGCAAAAAUGCUACUGCGGACUAUACUAACCCUGAAACCACUGUAUGUGGCAGUUGUGAAGAAUUGCAGUGAAAGGCGCGUAAAUACUAGCAAUUUUUUAAAUUUUUUGCUCUAGUAUUCAUAAAAAUAUAACUAUGUACUCCACCACUAUCUAUAUACAUACAUAUUUUAUCAAAAAUCCAAUAAAUAACCAAACCAGCACUCUUA